GUGCAGAAUCUGAGCUUGAGCAAGUUACGUGAGUUGCAAGCUUCGGGGGAGAUCUCAGAUGUGGCCUUUUGUGCCAUGCUGCUGCGGCUUAGCCAGGCUGAAGCUGGACGCGGCCUCAACGACGUCUCCGUCGAUGCUGUCGAGUUCCAGCAUGCAAUGUGCCUGGCGAGGGGACAGAGCAGCCCGUGGACAUCCUCCUUGGGUGCAGGAGUUUGUGCUGCUGCCCUGAGCUUCCUGCGAAGGGGCGUUAGCAAAGCCGGAGAGGCGCCCGCAAUGGCCGAGAAGUUGAUCCAAGUUGCUUCCCGCAGUACGAGCUUCGUGUCCACGCUGGCCAUCAAUCUGUACUUCAAGCUUCAGCUGCCUGAUGACAAGGUGGCCGCGCAUGUGCCGCAGUUCCUCGCUCUUCUUGGGGAGGCGGACGCAGCGACCGAGGGGCUUAGCUCAGCGAGGCGUCCCGGCUGUCUUGCCAUGGCAUCGUGCCU